AGUUUUUGUUUAAUUCAAAAUAGUGAAUUCAAUUCUAAUAUUUUCGAUUAUACAACAAUUUUGUUCUUGUACAGACCAAGAUAAGUGAUUCAAAGGUUUUUUUACAGCGACUCGUUGGCUACACUGGGUUGUGACUUUUCUUUGCUUCUAGGAAAAAGAAAAUGUAAUAGUAAAAGAAAGAAAAUAGGAAUAUGUGACAGUAGAAGAAUAGGCAUAAAUGUUUUCGUAUUAUUCUAAAGUAAAUUAUUAGUCACCACUACUUUAUUCUAAAAAUUGAAAUUGUUUGCUUGUGAAGGAAGGAAAUUACAUGUAAAUUACAUGAAUGAAUGUUGUUGACUAGUGCAGCACUGUUAAAUUUCUUCGAUAUUUAAUCAUGGGCUGGUUUUCGUCUUCGUCUCCCUUUGAUUCUGACGUGGAGAAAGCCACAGAUGAGAAGAACACUGCGGAGGAUUGGGGUCUCAUUAUGGAUAUCUGCGACAAAGUGGGGUCUUCAUCUGCACAUGCAAAAGACUGCUUGCGAUCGAUAGUAAAACGUCUAAACCACCAAGACCCCCACAUUGUAAUGCAGGCCAUAACGUUACUGGAUGCAUGUGCGAGUAACUGCGGGAAAACCUUUCACUUGGAGAUAGCGUCGAGGGAUUUUGAAUCGGAGUUUCGGAAACUUGUGCAGCGCAGUCAGGGCCGCCUGAGCGAGAGGCUGCGGCAGCUGCUCAAGAAGUGGGCGGAGGGCGAGUUCAGGAGCGACCCCCAGCUGAACCUCAUCCCGUCGCUGUACAACAAGCUGAGACAAGAAGGCAUGGACUUCUCGUCGCUGUCGGAGAUGCCGAAACAACCUCCACCUCUGAGUAAGGAUCCAAAUGUAGUUUCUAGUCAACAAGAAGAAGAUGAUAUUGCAAAAGCAAUAGAGCUGUCCCUGAAGGACUCCCAGCAGUCUCCCAAGACGCAGAGCAGCCUGUACCCGUCGGCCAACCUGAGCGUGGGCGCCUCGUCCGUCUCCGUGUCGGAGCCCAGGAAGGUGCGCGCGCUCUACGACUUCGAAGCAGCCGAAGACAACGAGCUCACUUUCAGCGCUGGAGAAAUUUUGCAUGUCACGGACGACUCGGACGCCAACUGGUGGAAAGGCUUCAACCAGCGCGGGGAGGGGCUGUUCCCCUCCAACUUCGUCACGUCGGACCUGUCCGUCGAGCCAGAGCAGUUCAAGGUGGACCACCCCAAGAAGUCUGUGCAGUUCAGAGAGACUGUGGAGGUGAAGACGCUGGAAGAGCCUCACGAGGUGGAGAUAGAUGAGCAGAAGAUUGACAGGCUUUUACAUUUGCUUCAUGAGGCUGACCCAACUGGUACACAGCCAGACUCUGAAGAAAUGUUAAGUUUGGAGGAGCAAGUGAACGGCAUGGGGCCGCUCAUCGACCAGGAGCUGGAGCGCGUGGACCGCAAGCACGCGCAGCUGACGCAGCUCAGCGCGGACCUGGUGGAGGCCGUGAACCUGUACCACACGCUGAUGCGGGAGCCGCCCUACCACGCCGCGCCCAAGCCCCCCUACGGCUACCCGCCCGCCGCGCAGAUGUACAACGGCGUGCCGGGAGGUGGGCCGUUCUCCGCCGGCCCGUUCCCGCUGGCCGUGGACCAAUACGGGAUGACGCUGCCUGCUCACUUCCAGCCGGUGCCGCGGCAAGACGAGCAGCGACUCGCGCAGCCCGGACCGUCGUUCCCCCCGCCCAGUGGGAUGGCUGGCUACAGCGUUCCCGGGGCGUACCAACAACCGUCUGCGCAAAGCCUCUCGCAGUCUUCGUCUAGCUCAGAGCUGAGCUUCGCGCAGAGCGGACACCAGCUGUUGUGAGGGUAGAACUGUGCCAAAGACUCCCGCAAACACUUUGUGAUGUUCUGCUAGAGGGCCAUUUAUUAUGUUCCACGUUUGUUAUGCAAGUUGUACGCAAUGUGGUUUUAUUUUGUUUUUUAGGAGUUGUGUAGAUAUCCUGUGUAUAUUGCCACUAGUUCACAUUUGAUACCGCCUGUUAAAUUAUUUCCUUGACCUAAAGUUUCCAGAUGUUAAUGAAACUGGAUGGUUGUUGCGACUUACUGACAUUAAUAAAUACUAUUGCUUGCUAAGUAUACAUAGUGUGAAUAAAUUGAGAUUUUGGGUGAAUUAAA